AGUGGUGGUUUUCUUUAGACUCGAAUUCCUUUCUGUAUAAAACUUUAAAUAUCUUUUUAACCCUAGAUUUACGAAGGCCAUUGUCGAUUUGUCGGUAAUCCCAGAAUCCCACCACGAAAGAAACAGGUUUUGUUACGGUAAAUCGUUCCCUUCGCUUCGUUCUUCCUUCAUCUGAAGCAGUGCCUACUUUGAUCUGUUGCUUUCGAGCGAAUCGUCAAUGAUUUGCUUAAAACUGUGCUCGUGUCCUGCUUCGGAGUGAAUAGCAAAAGUCUGGGAAUUUUUUAGUUAAAAUAAAAUCAGGGUUUUCUUAUUCGUGAUUAUGCAUAGAUCUGGAGCUACGAUGGCUUGGAACGUUUUCAAGUUCUGCACUGCUUUGCGAGGGCUUGGCUCGAUCAUGAUCCUCUUGGUUCUUGGUGUUGUGGGGGUCAGUUAUUAUGCUGUCGUUUUUACUACUUAUGGCCCUGCUCUGUCCGCUGGGUGGCCUGAUUCUGUCAUUGCCAUGGCGGUGUUGAUCUUGUUUCAUUGUUUGUUGGUUAUGCUAUUGUGGAGUUACUUUGCUACUGUCCUUACGGAUCCCGGAUGUGUGCCUCCUAAUUGGAGGCCUGCUAUUGAUGAGGAGAGAGGAGAAGCUGACCCAUUAAACGGAUCAGAAUUUAGUAAUGUGCCGUCAGAUCCUUCAAGUCAACGAAUCCGGUUCUGCAGGAAGUGCAAUCAACUUAAACCACCUCGGUGUCAUCAUUGUUCAGUUUGCGGACGAUGCGUGCUGAAGAUGGAUCACCACUGUGUUUGGGUAGUUAACUGUGUUGGUGCUCUAAACUACAAGUAUUUUCUUCUGUUCCUGUUCUACACAUUUCUUGAGACAACUCUUGUGACAGUAUCAUUGUUGCCAAACUUCAUUGCAUUCUUUAGUGAUGGAGAAAUUCCCGGGACACCUAGCACACUCGCAACAACUUUUCUUGCUUUUGUUUUGAACCUGGCAUUUGCAUUGAGCGUUUUUGGAUUUCUUAUUAUGCACGUGUCUUUGGUGUCUGCUAAUACAACAACUAUUGAGGCAUAUGAGAAGAAAACAACUCCAAAAUGGCGUUAUGACCUUGGUCGUAGAAAAAAUUUUGAACAGAAUUCCACAUUUUCCUGCGAAUCUACCAUGAAGGGGAGGUCUCAGUCCUCUCUCUCUCUCUCUCUCUCUCUCUCUCUCUCUCUGUGUGUCUGUCUCUGUGUUUCACAAGAGCUUGAUAAUGGAACUACAAGAAGGUAUCCCACUAGAAGUGAGAACAGAGAAACGUAAAACUGCGAGCUUUGAAGAAGACAUGAGAAGGAGGAGAAACAGAGAGAAAGGGAUGGGGAUCUCGUGAUAUAAAAAGGAAGCUAAGAAUGAGUAGUGUUGAAAUUCCAAAAGAGAAAGUGUAAUAAAAAGUUGUGUUUAGAGAGAGAGAGAUAGAGAGAGGAAUUUACAAAUAGAAGCAGCAGAAGAAAGAGAAGAAGAGGAAUGAAGGAAUUCUUCAAAUUAUUGUAUUCUACUUUACAAAAUUAUUCAUUUUGAUUUUUAAAUAGAAAAGUAGAAAAAUAUAUUUUUGUCAAAUUAUUUGAUUUUGAAAUAGAAGAGGUUAAAAACAUUUCUUUGUCAAAUAACUGGUUUUAAAUGGCGUUAAUUUUAAUAUGAUUUUUCCCUUCGAUUUAUUUUG